AUGGCGGUGCUGGAGCAGCAGCAGCUUCGUGCAGGGAGCCGGCAGACAUCUCUCCCUUUCCUCUGACAGCCCGUCCGUGGACACGCCCCUGUGGCGGGGACUUGCUUACACAGCUCUCCAGCGGCAGAGGUCGCUGCAGGGAGCUGAACAGUGGUCCGGUCCCGUACACACACGGGUGACACACGCCGCUUCAGCCGCUGCGGAGGAGCCUGAUCUAUAUGCGGCACUGCGUUGCAAAGGGAUCCGGCAAUGCCACUGUCACACUGGGAGGAGCUCCGGCCAAUGUUAGGCGGAGUGAUGCGACUGGUGGGUGUGGUCGGACUGAGCCUAGCAACCGAAGCGAAGCCCCUAGCAACAAGAAAAAGCCAACACAUGAACAGGUCAUUUAUGCCUUAAAUACUCGGAAUGAUGAGCAUGAAUCAGGAGUACAAGCCAUUAAAGAAGCACACGAAGAAGAAAUUCAGCAAAUCCUUGCAGAAACCAGGGAAAAAAUAAUACAGUAUAAAAAUAAAGUGUUAGAUGAAACUGACCUUAAAAGAAAAAUCCAGGCACUAGAGGAUUCAUUGGAGGAACAUAAAAAAAUGAAACACCAAGCACUAACUGAAUUUGAAGUUUACAAACAUCGAGUAGAAGAUAUGCAGCUUUGCGCCGAAGCCCAACAUGUGCAGAGAGUUGUGACAAUGUCCCGAGAGGUGGAGGAGAUAAGAAAGAGAUUUGAGGAAAGAAUACGGAGUUUCAUGCAACUUCAGGUACAGUUUGAGAAGGACAAACGCACUGCUCUUGAGGAGAUGAGAGCAACCCAUAGAUUAGAAAUGCAAGAGCUCCUAAAAGCACAGCACAGCCAAAAUGCUACUUUAAACAAGGGACAGGAAACACUGGAGGAAAUGCAUAGAUUACAGUUGGAGGAACUCAAUAAAAAGCUGGAGGACCUACGACUGGAGAGGAAAAAAAUGGUGGAAGAUUAUGAAGGGAAGCUCAGUAAAGCUCAGGCAUUCUAUGAACAUGAACUGGAAGCCUUGAAAAGAUCUCAACUCUUUACCACAGAGAGCUUGCAUUCCUGCAAGCAGAAAGAAGCAGAAAUGAAGAGAGAAUUUCAGACUCAAGAAGCUAUUUUACAGAAGAAUCUUGGCAUCCUUAAAACUGAAUUUCAGGUUGUACAGGAAGAAGCCGGAAGUCUGAGAGAAAAGUGCCAGAAACUUCAAACCUCUCUAAAUGCAGCAGAGAAUGAUGUCCAGGUUCUUCAAAAUCAGCUGGAAAAUGUGAAGCAGGAGGAGAUGUCCUUGCUAAGCAAACACAAAGACGUAGAAAGCGAGCUAGCAGUGGCUCGGGAACGGCUGCAGCAGCAGGCUACAGAACUUGUGCUAAAAGCCAGUCACAUUGGCAUGCUACAAGCCACACAGAUGACACAAGAAGCCACCAUACAAGAUCUGGAAUCAGAGAAAAUUAGGAUAAAAGAAAAAAUAACAAGGUUGGAGGAAGAACGGACUAUAUUGCAAACCAAAAACCAAAACCUUGAUGAGCGCCAAAGGCAGCAGAUCCUCGCACUGGAGAAGAAAAUCAAUGAAGCAAAGCAGACCCAACGCGAAUGCUAUGAGAAAGAGCUGAUUAACCUGCGCAUCAAAUUUGAGGAGGAGACGGUACAGCUAAAAGAGGUUCAUGCAAAGACGUUAGAGGAGAUGUCAUGGAAACAUCAAGCAGCGCUUGAGGCAGCACACAGCUCUGCUAAUAAGGAGAAGAAGAAGCUGCAGAUGGAACUUCAGCAGCAGUAUGAAAAGGAGAAACUGGGUUUGGAAGAAGAUAAGAAUCAAUUGAGGCAACAACUUGAAAACCUUAAGGAAGAACUGACCAACAAGCUGACAACAGCCAAUCAAGAGGUUUGCCGCCUUCAAGAGUUGGUGAAAAAAAGUGAGCAAGGUCUUGGCUCAGCUGAGUGUCAUAUCACAAGUCUCAAAGAUGCCCAGGGGAGACUUCAAAGUGAGCUGGAUGUAACAAGAGAGCGGCUGAGAGAGACCAGUGAUUCAUUGUUUACUGUUCAGGGAGAUCUAGAAAAGGAAAAACAGCGACACGAAACAGUGAUUUCUGCCAUGCGGGAAGAAGAAAGGCUGAAGAUUGACAGAGUUGCACGUGAAUUGGAACUAAAGUGGACCGAAACUCUCAGGCAAGAAUGUAGCAAGCUACGAGAAGAGUUAAGGAUAGAACAUGAGGAGGACAAAAAGUCUGCACUGGCUCAGCUCCUUCAGCUCAAGGAUCGAGAAAUAAACACAGCAAAGGAUAGCUGGCAAAACAAAGUAGAGGAUCUUCUUGACCAGAUCUCACUGCUCAAACAGAAUCUAGAGCUGCAGCUGUGCCAGUCCCAGGGUGCUUUGCAUCAGCUGCAGGCACAGUUUGGUCAGGAGCGACAGCGUCUCACCCGGGAGCUUCAAGAGUUGGAGGAGGAGCAUCAGCAGAGACAGAGGUCACUGCAAGAAGCCCACAUGAUAGCGUUUCAAAGUAUGGAGGAGGCAAAGGAUCAAAAACAGAAAGACCUGGGAGAUCACUUGCAUCAGAAAUACUCUGAGGAACUCCAGGCUUUAAAGGAUGCUCACAAGCAAGUCAUGGACAUGCUGCGAGUGGAAAUGGAGCAGGAGCUUCAGACUCUGCGCUUUGAGCUAGAAGAUGAGGGGAAAGCCAUGCUUGCAUCCUUGCGCUCUGAACUCAAUCACCAACAUGCUGCGGCAAUUGACCAGCUGAGAUAUCAUCAUCAGCAGGAAAUGGACGCUGCUACAGAAGAACAGGAGAGGCAAAAGGAGGUCAGCAGACGCCAGGAAUCCGAGUAUUUAGGACGGAAAGCAGAUCUUGAGAAGCAGCUCAGACAUCAAGAACAACACGUGUCAAAUCUUAAUAAGGAGCUUCUGAUACUACAUGAGAGCAUAAACACUUUAACUAAGGAGCUGGAGUUUAAAGGAAAAGAGAUUCUCCGAGUCCGCAGUGAAGCCAAUCAGCAAAUAAGGGUACAUGAGCAAGAAUUUAACAAGAAACAUGAGGAGGACAUGAAUGACUUAACAGCAGCAAACAUCAGAGAGAAGCAACUUAUAAUGGCAGAAUUUGCAAAGACACAAUCAUUGCUCGUGGAAAAAAUAUCUGCAUUACAAGUUUCGUUAACAGAAAUGGAGGAAAAAUAUCAGAACAGAGAAUCAAGGCCAGAGGACCUGCAGGUCAUCUCUGAGUUAAAGGACAUGGUUGCAGAACGUGACCAACUUAUCAAAAAAUUGAUUGAAGACAAAAAGUUCUACCAACUGGAAUUAGUGAAUCGAGAAACCAACUUCAACAAAGUAUUUAAUGCAAGUCCAAAUGUUGGCGUUAUCAAUCCUCUAGUAAAGCAAAAGAAGAAGAAUGAUAAGUGCACAAACAGGUUUGUGAGUUCCCCUAACCUAAGUGCUGUGGAGACUAGUGGAAUGGGAAAUGGACAUCCUACCCGCCUGGAUCCCAUUCCAAACUCACCCAUCCACGAUAUUGAGUUCAACAGCAGCAAGCCUCUCCUACAGACUGUACCACCCAAAGAGGCCAAGACCUUUUUGAGCCCUCCCCAGACUGAUACUUCACCGGAGGCAUCUCCAGACCCACAACGCCAGGAAUGGUUUGCCCGGUACUUCACUUUCUAAGAGUAUUUGAUAACGUCUAUCUAUUUCUAUUGUGGCACAGCUUUGAUGUGGACUGUUUAUAGGAGCAUGACUUUGACAAAUCCUUGUGUGACUAAGCUUUGCGGUUAAUACUGUUUGUUAAACACUGUGAGCAAGAGUGUUUGUCUCCAAUUGGAAAUGCACUGUUGAAUAACACUCUGUGAUUUCAUUUGUUAGUGAAAACCUCAUUUACAUUUCCCAACAAAAAACAACUUUGUAGAAUAACUGUGCUACCUCCUUACCCCACAUAUUUGUUUGUUUUUGAGUUCUACGGUUUCUUUUUUUUAUUUCUGCCAGCAUAAUUCACCAUCUAACUAAUCUAGUGCUGGAUCCACAUCACACUGCACUGAUGUGAUUGAAAGGCCUUUCCAUAGAUCCGGCCACAGGACAAACAUGUCUAGCAAAGACUAUAUUAGAUUCAGUUAACGAUGUUUCAUUGUUAUUUUUGGUGUCAAACUAUGUGCCUGGAGUCAGAUUAUUCUCAGCUUCUGAUUGGUAUGUAUAUACUAUGUAUGGCAACUGUAUUCCUAUUGUAACAACAUCAAUCCCUAAAUCCCAGUGUGUUAUUUCCUAUGGAAGUCACUUUUAUUAUAUAAAAAAUAUUUUUUCUUAUAAAA